AUGCCCUUCGUACAGUCCAGUCCUAUUCUCCCCGUCGAACUCCUUCAUCAAAUCCUCUCUUAUGCUUCCCGAGGAACACUCGCAUCAGUUUGUCGAGCCUCUAAAACCCUCCACAGAAUCGCUUCUCCCUUCCUGUGGAAGCACCUUAUUCUCGGUCCUUGGAAAGUGGAUGAAGAUGGAAAAGUCAUGCGAGAUGAUAAGAAUAAAGAGAUUUUAGAUAAAAACAAGGAAGACUGCGGUGCUAUCAUGAGCAGUCGAGGGGAAGGUCGAACUAAGGGAAACCUCGUCGAAACAUUCUCGCUCUAUCACCAUUCGUUCGAUUGGUGUCAAUCUAAUGACCAAAUGACCUUACGAAUGCCAAAUGUUCACACUCUGCACCUAUAUCUGAACGGCAAGGAUCAAAUUCAUGAUGAUUACGACGGACAUCGCUGUGGACUACUUCGAGCCGUACAACCAAAAAUAAUAGUUUGGCACAAUGCCUGUAUCAAUGUUUUAGAUUGCUGGACGAUUGGUCCAAAACGAUUAUACGAAGAAACUCAAACGUUUUUCUUCAUCUCGACCGGUCAUCAAGCUGAGAAAUGUAGAUUCUACCCCCGUUCAUACCGCUACGAGUUCACCACGCUCGAGGAUAUUUAUUGGUUGUUCGAACCUCGAAUCCUUGACUCCCAAGCUAAAUCUGAGUCUUUCGUUCGAGGCUCUUUCGCCCUACAAAACUUCAUACGUAACAUAGUUGAAUUGGCCAUCGAAUUCCACCAGACAAGAAUAACGUUCGUCAAUUCAGGAGUGAUCAGGUCAUUUCACAAAGAUUGGAAAGAUGAACCAUACAAAACCUUCGAGCAGAGGGUUGCCAGGGAUGUGAAGAAGGAACUGGAACGUCAAUUGAAACAAUCCCGCCAUCGGUCGAAGGAGAAGAAAAAGCAAAGGCUAGACAGUAUCCAUUUUAUGGAUCUCGAUGAAUUUAUGGCAAAGGAGGAACGCUGGAGAUACUUGGACGCAAGACAAGUGCGCAAGUGGAAGAAAGUGUUCAGUCCAUUCGGAACGGGACAUGAGAUUGGUGGUGGUGCGGAUGUAGUAGAUGAUGGGGAUCAGGUGGAUCAAUUACUCUGA